UAAACAAACGAAAAGUUUUGCUUAUGCUCUUUAAAUGUGACUUGUGGCUACACUCGUGACUCCCCGAGAUUAGCGAAGGGUGAAAGGGUCGUGGUCUGUUUUUAAUGAGUUUAUAAUUUUUGUGGAAAGUUCCCCCCCCCCCGCCCCCCCCGGUGCGGUUCGGGACUCGAGGCCGAAUGGCGGGCGCCGCAGGAAGCAGCAGCAUCACCAGCCGCAUCAAGAACUUACUCCGCUCACCGCCUGCAAUCAACCUCCGGCGAUCCCGACUGGCAGGCAAGGCUGGCACAGAGCGGAUUACUCUGGACAAAGUCCUUGGAAUUACAGCUUCCAGCAGCAGUAGUUUAGCCUGUGAUUUAACCACAGGGCUAGUGGCAUAUCCAGCAGGGUGUGUGGUGGUGUUGUAUAACCCCAAAAAAAGUAAGCAGACUCACAUCCUCAAUGCUUCCAGAAAAGCAGUCAGUGCCUUGGCAUUCUCUCCAGAUGGAAAAUACUUGGUUACUGGGGAGAGUGGACACAUGCCUGCUGUGCGGGUGUGGGAUGUGUCUGACAAGGUGCAAGUGGCUGAAUUACAGUGCCAUAAAUACGGGGUAUCGUGCGUAUCUUUUUCUCCCAACAUGAAGUAUAUUGUAUCUGUGGGCUACCAGCACGACAAGCUUGUGAAUGUUUGGGAUUGGAAGAAAAACUCCAUUGUAGCAUCUAAUAAAGUUUCCAGUAAAGUUACAGCCGUUUCUUUCUCUGAAGACAGCAGUUUCUUUGUCACAGCUGGCAACAGACAUGUCAAGUUCUGGUAUUUGAAUGAAUCCAAAGCUUGCAAGGCAAAUGUUACUGUUCCCUUAAUAGGGCGGUCUGCUUUGCUGGGUGAGCUGCACAACAACUUCUUUUAUGGAGUGGCAUGUGGUAGAGGGAAGAUGGCAGGAAACACCUUCUGCAUCACCAGCUCUGGUCUUCUCUGCCAGUUCAAUGGGAAAAGGCUGCUUGAUAAGUGGUUGGAUUUGAAGACUUCUGCAGCAAACUGCAUUUCUGCAGCUGAGGACUUCAUUUUUUGUGGCUGUUCCAAUGGAACACUGAAGUUAUUUAACCCUGUGAAUCUCCAUUUCAUCACUAAUCUGCCCAAACCUCACUAUCUGGGAGUGGAUGUGGCAGCUGGAAUUGAACCAAGCCAUUUAGUCAACAAGAAGACCGAUGCCAUGUAUCCUGACACUAUUGCUGUGGCGUUUGACCCUUCCAAUCGGUGGUUGUCAUGUGUAUAUAGUGAUCAUAGUCUCUACGUGUGGGACACAAAAGACAUUAAGAAGUUUGGGAAGGUUUACUCUGCGUUGUAUCAUAAUUCCAGUGUGUGGAGCAUAGAGGUUUAUCCAGAGUUGGAAAAUAGUAACCAAGCUUGCUUGCCGCCUGCAUCUUUUCUAACUUGUUCAUCGGACAAUACUAUAAGAUUGUGGAAUGCUGAUGGUGCCUCCGGAUUUCAAUUCACUUCAUUCCACAGGAAUAUUUAUAGUACAGACUUGAUUAAAGUUGUGUACGUUGAUGACAAUAUUCAGUAUCUCCAAGAUAUAACCAGCAAUGCUGACCGAACUGAAAAUGGAGGAACUUUAGAGAUAAAGUCAGGAAUUCGGGUCAUAACCAUCAGCCCUGAUGGGCAGCACCUGGCUUCUGGAGACAGGAUGGGCACCCUAAGAAUUUUUGACCUGCAGUUCCUAGAUGAACUGAUGAAAGUUGAGGCUCAUGAUUCUGAGAUUCUAUGCCUGGAGUAUUCUAAACCUGAAACAGGAAUGAAUCUGUUGGCAACAGCAAGUAGAGACCGUUUGAUUCAUGUACUGAAUGUGGACAAACAGUACAACCUGGUGCAGACGUUGGAUGACCAUUCCUCAUCUAUUACUGCUGUGAAAUUUGCAGCCAAUGAUGAUGUCAAAAUGGUUAGCUGUGGUGCUGAUAAAAGUAUCUAUUUCCGUACAGCACACAAGUCUGUCGAUGGAAUUCAGUUUACACGAACACACCAUGUGGUUGGAAAGACGACCCUGUAUGACAUGGAUGUUGAUAUCACGCGGAAAUAUGCAGCUAUUGGCUGCCAGGACAGAAAUAUUAGAGUAUUUACCAUCGGCAGCGGGAAACAAAAAAAAUGUUUCAAAGGUUCGCAGAGUGAAGAUGGGAUCCUCCUCAAAGUUCAGAUGGAUCCCUCUGGAACAUUUGUAGCCACUAGUUGUUCUGACAAGAAUAUUUCCAUCUUCGACUUCUACACUGGAGAAUGUGUAGCCAGCAUGUUUGGGCAUUCAGAAAUUGUAACAGGCAUGAAAUUUAGUAAUGACUGCAAGUAUCUGAUCACAGUAUCAGGAGACAGUUGCAUUUUCAUAUGGCGCUUGGACUCUCAGUUAACAAAUUGCAUGAGACAUCGCCUCUCUGAAAUUAAGCAGAUUGCUAAGAAAGACAAAACGCCACCAACCAAGGCACCUGCAACGUUAAGGAGAGAGACCUUUAUGGUGCGAAAGUUGGCUUCAGAGGAUCAGGAAGAUAAGAGUGAGGAUGAUGCAGACGAUGGGUCAUUCCAAACCCCUUUAAAACAGCACAUGGACAGAGGUAAGACUGAAGAUGCUGUGUUCCUGAUGACUAAUGGGAAACUUCCACUGUGGGCAAAAAGACUGGAGGCAGGGGACAGAAGUGUGCAGGAUAGAACUGGAGAUAGCACCAUGGAAACAUUCCAGCCACGAGGAAGAUGGGCUGAAAGAAUGGACAAAGAACUUAUUCAAUCCAUCCUGGGAAAGAGGCAGCUGGAGGAGUACUGUGCAACCCCAACUCCAGGCAGCAUGUCAGUGGUGCAGGGAGUGCCAAGCAGCUGUUCAGUGGAACAGGACAAGUUUGGACCACGAAACUUGGAUAACUUCCUUGAGAUGAUGGAGCUAUCUCCCAGCCUUCUGUCAAAAGAGUCUGCGGGAAGGCCAAGCUCUAUUUGCCUGGAGAUUACAGACAAUACAUUUUCCCAGGAGAUGGAUACUCCAGAAAUUGAACUAAGUGCACCAAUGUUUUAUCCCAUGCAGAAUGAUGAUCAUUCUACCAGCACAGAAAAUGAUUAUCAAGUAAAAGAGCCUCCAAAGAAACUACCGGAGAGUGAGUCUGAAUGGAAGGUUGUGCAUUCGGUGGAGAGCAGUCCCGACAGUGCCUACUCAAUGGAUUCGGGCAGCAGCCACACCUCCAGUGAACAACAACAGGAUGAUUCUGACUCUGUGGGCCAACUCAGUUCUGAUGGUCAUUCUUCAGGAUUGGAGGAGGAGGAGGAGCAGUCCUGUAUGGUGUCACAUGAGUCACAUACUGCAGAAACACCAGAUCAGGAAAAAUUUCUCAAGCACAACUUUGAAGCUUUGGCUAAUGAAUUUUCUAAUGAAAAAUUUGACAGCUCUCUGAAAGAUCUACAGCAAAGUGCAGAGAAUGAAAACAACUUUUUCCUGAAUCCUCGUUUGAGUAUCUCUGCAAGAUUUCUGUCCCGCUGCCAGAAAAACAGCAGAAUGGCAGCAGCUUUCCCUCCCAAAGUCCAACUGCAGUUCCAACAUGUGCAAGACACAAGUUACAAAUCUACACAAUUAAGUGCUGAAAUUAAACCUUUUAUAGAAGUUAAAGGAUCCAAGUCACAGCCAUCUUUCGAAGGGGCAAAGAACCAUAGCGAUGAAAUGUUGAGUCAAAGUGUUGAGAAAGUGUACAGUGGAAGUGAAUGGGGUUUAGAGUCAGUGAGUUCAAGUGCCGAGAUGUCUCAUGCAUUGACAGGGGUGAAAGGUGCAGCACCAUAUAAUGGAAGAAGCCUAAUGUAUAAACGCUCAGUCUCUGUGAUGGACCUGGUACAAGCAGAACAGGUGUCAUCCGCUUCAUUCAUAGCAGCCUCAGGAUCCAGCAUGCAUAAUAUGCAUGUAAAUGAGGGGACAGUGCAGAGACAUUCACUGUAUGGCAAAAUGGACAUGCUUGCUGCAACUUUGAGCAAAGAGGUGUCGAAGAGCAAACCUGGCAAACCCAGGUCCUACAUGCACCCAACUGCCAGUUUCAAAGCUAAAAUGUCACGUAGUGCAUCAAUGGGAGAAAACCUGCACCUGAAAACCUUAGGACAGUCGAGUGCUAUGAGUUUACCUAGUUCCAGAGCAGUAUCUACUGUAGACUUAAUGGAGUCCGUGAAUGGCUCCACUCCAAGUGAAGAUGGUCCAACUGAAAAUCUUAAAGAAAAGGUGGCGUCAAAAGAGACAUUACAGAAUGGUGCUUUGUCUUAUGGGAACCAUCAAGCUAGAGCUAACUUAACUUUGAACCUUUCCAAAAUGCACACAGACAGACUGCUGAUGCCUCCUCCGAUAGCUAAUGGUGUUGCUGUUUCGAAGGUCAAACAAAAACUGCGUGCUGGCCAGGACUCCACACGGCUAUCUACCUCAGCAGUCACACCUACACAACCAGUGUGUUUGGCUAAAAAAGAUCAAACCGUUUGUGAAGAUGCUGAGGAAAAUGGGAGCAGCCCAAACAUGAACUCAUUGACAAUCCUAAAGAGAGAUACUGGGAAUUCGGAGCACUGUAACAAUUCUCAAGAUGUCAUGGAGCACAAGUUAGAAGUAUUUCAGUCAUGGGACUCAAUUACUGUACUACCACAGCACGACAGCAUCAGUCCCAACAGCAAUGGAGUGAGCAAUAAUUCUAUAACUAUCACCAAAAGAAACUACCUUCCCACAAGUGUUCCUAAAUCACCCAGAGAAUGUGCAGGGAUUGAAGAGCAACCCACCAAUGAAACAGAUCUUGUAGUCAGUAUCGAGAACUGCGAGUAUGUCGUAACAGAACUUCAGAGCACUUUGCAUAAGGCCUUGCAGCUGUACAGCAAGGUGACGUCCAGUGAAGAUGCACCGGAAGUGAAGUCCCAGAUGAAAGCCAUCCUGUGUGAUGCAUUUUCCUCUGCGAGGAAGCAUUUGAACUCUGUAGAGUGUUUGCCAAUUUCGGCUUCUCUGGUAAACAAGCCACCAUUUGCUUCAGAAUCUCUUGAGAAUGGCAAGGCAACAGCUUUACUCGAACACUAUUCAGAACUGUUGAUAAAAAUGAUGGCGCAAAAACUACAAUUACAACAUUGAAUUGAUGCAUUUGAGGAGCCAGAAAAGGAUGUUAAAAUUGAACAUUGACCUAGGAAAUUGUACAGCAUUCUAAUAAGUGUAUUUUAUGCAGCUCCUCUAACGAGGGAACCAUAAUCAACAUGUCAUAUUAGAAUUAUAGUCAGUAGUUUAUUUAAGCUCAGAAAAGCUUUCCAAAUUUUCUUCUUUUUGUUCAGAAUUGGUCAGAUCCCUCCAUUGUUACAGAAGCUUAUGUACUGAUGACUUGCAGAAAAUGUUUAAUAGUCACUUUAGGUAAUUGAAGAACAACACACAUCUGCAGCUCCAUAGACACACACAACUAUUUAAUUCUGCACCCACACCUUCUAUGAGAAAUAAGAGCCCAGAAAAUGAUUUCAGUAUGUUUUAAAAUCUAGUUAACCUUUCCAGAAUUGUUUGGUUUUUGUUUUUAAAAAAUUUUGUACAAACCAUAAAGAUUAUAUAUUUCUGUGAAACAAUCCCAAACCACCUACAAAAUAGCUCAAAAUAGCUAAACAUAGGAAAGUACAGUUGGUUGACAUUACUGGUUUCAAAAGGCAGUCUACUCUGUAAUUCAAACUGUUUAUUAUAUUUUUAAGGAAAACUGAGUUAUCUAAUUUAAAUUGAGCAAUACAAACAUAAAAGUUAGAAUUCAGCUCUUCAAAUUAUCUGGCCAUUCAAUUUUAAUUGAAUUUUGAAUUAAUGAGUAGACUGCAAUAUUGAUAUCUCAAAUACAGUGAGAGUCAGCUGGCUAUACCUGAUUAGUCAGGUAUAAUGUUCUAUUUUAGUGUAUUCAUAGAAACUUUUUGUGCUGAUUACCUGAAAUAAAUCUGAGACACUUUUGUUUUUAAUUUUGCUGUCUCAAGGGGAGAAUUUUUGGUUUUUGCUCAGUCCCUUUCCCCUGACCUCCUGGUGCAAGGAAUCAUAGGCUGAAGCCUAUUCAUGCAUAAGUAUUUUUCAGAGCUAGUUUGAUACUAUUUUUAAAAAAAACUAAAUAUGUGAUGUCUUAAAUUUUGUCGCGUGUAGAGGGCUGAAUCCCUAUUGCAAAAGGGGUUGUUCUUCUUAAUCAGGGUUUCUGAUAUGCAACAUUUUUAAAAAGUUUAUUGCAUUUUUAAAAACACUGUAUGAUGCACAUGGAUAGUACUUGUUUUAGUUCUGCUGUACAUAUACCUGUAUAAGGUUAGACAUUGCAACGCAAUAAUGUAUUAUGGUAAAUGCACAUUGUUUUGAAUAUUGCAGUAUUGUAUGAUGUCCCCUCUUUUUCGUAUGUAUAUUAUUAGCUGUGUUCGUUUAUUUUUCUUAAACCCCUUGCCUUAAAUCUUUUGAAAUAAAUUUGUUUUUGUUUAUGAA